CACUGCCAGUCCAAACAACUUUUCCAGAGGAACUCCACAUCACUACGCGUCCAGGAGCCCUCCACCGAAGUGCCGAUAUUUCUCCGAGCCGCCGAAAACACCAGUGAAAACGUGACGAGGAAUUUAGCUUAACGACAUUGCUUUGCUUCUCAGUGUCUAUAAUUUAGUUUUUCCCCCCUCACCGUAUACAUUUUCCCGUACAACUGCCGUUUCUUUUUUGGAAGUGAGGAUGAGGAAUCUGUGGUUGUUGUUCCUCGUCGGGCUGGCGACUGGGUUUAUCAGUGAAAAACUUUUGGUCUCCUCCCAGUCACAGCCUUCAAUAGAUGACCUGUACCUAGAGGGCCAAACAUCAGGUGACCUUCCUAUAGAUGAUGAAGAUGGCGAAGAUGAUGGCUCAGGCUCAGGAUCUGGAGACUAUGCUUUUGUCCGCAUCGAAGAUAGUGAGAUGCUGGAGAGGUUCCUCAACUUCCCAAGGACCAGAGAAAUGGUUCCAGCUCAGCCACAGCCAACAGCAGACUCUUCUCACAACCCACCAACCACAGCAGCAGGCAGCCAGGAUCAAACAACCACAGUGAAGACAACACCGUACAUAUUCCCUUCUGGAGAAGAUGGGGAUGCAGGGGAGGCGCUUGCUAUUGGCCCAACAGCUGGCAUAGAGAAUGCCAGCCCCAGCUCCUCCAAUGUGACUCCCACUGGAACCACUGCCACUGAAUUCAGUAUCGCCAAAGAUGCAGACGAGGACAACAGCCUGGAUAGGUUGCAGACAUCAAAAGAAAGUGAAGAAAAAGUUUUGAUCCAAGAGGGGGUUGACAAUGAAGUUCUGGCCAAAAAUCGAGGCAAAACAUAUGCAAUGGAAUCUUCUGAAGAGGUGACCCCUGAGAACUUAUGGGAGAGGACAGAAGUUCUGGCAGCGGUGAUAGCAUGCGGAGUGGUCGGGUUCCUCUGUGCUGUUUUCCUCCUCCUACUUCUUGCCUACCGCAUGAAGAAGAAGGACGAAGGUAGCUAUGACCUUGGAGACACCAAACUUUCCACGACAGCCUAUCACAAAGCGCCUACCAAGGAGUUUUAUGCCUGAACUGACAAAUGAGGACUUUAAAUGGAAUCUGUCACCUGCCAGUCAGGACUAAGAAUGGAUCUAUAAACAGCUGAAGAUGAUUCUAUUUGUUGAAGUUUGAAGUCAAACACCUCUGCUCUUCUUCAGUGCUAAUAUUUCCUGUGUUCCUCCUCCUCCAUCCUUUCAUCUUUUUCUCUACAUGUUCAGUUUUUGUGAAGAGGAGGUCAUAAGAGAACAAAUAAUAAUAAAAUAUCAUUCCAUUCCAUUCAUUCAUUAGGGAAGGAGUUAGUCAUUUAAUACGCAUCCUAAAUUUUAAGGAAGGAAUCUCCUCUUGAGUAUCACCGUGGAAAACCACUAUUCUUGUCUAGUAAAGUAAUCAACUUGAAAGUAUUGUUAACAUUGUGCCUUUAAACCCAUUUUACUUCUCUACGCUGAACACGAGGCUGGGCUUGGUUCCGCAUUAGCAGUAAAUCAAAUAUCCCAUUUAGCAGAACUGAACAGUCCCAAGUCAGCAAAACAGCAUGGGGAAGUAAACAUAUUAAUAGCCUUUUCACAUUUUGAAUGCUGUUAAAGGAAGCUGUGGCAUGUAUAGGAUUAAUAUUACAAAGAACCAGCAAACGCUGAUAGCCUUUACCCUUUAUUUGAGGUCAAAUGUGCUUUGUUUGUUAACAUCUUGCAUUGUUACAUUUCAUUUUCUGUACGCUUUUCUGAAUUGAAGAUUUUUUUUGUUGUUAUGAGGAAUGAAUGUGUUUUUUAUAUGCUGUCCAGUAUUUGUAACUCUUCAGGUACAUAUUUUUGUUGUUUUCUCAUAAGUAUUUGACCCCUAUAAAACUGACCAAAUAUAAAUGUGUUUUAUUUCUCUUUAGGAAAAUUAUUUUUAGUAGCUUUUUCGAUGUUUGUUGUUUUUAGAGAUUAUAUUUCUGUAAGCCAUUUUUUAAAAAGAGACUUGAGUCUUUGCACUCAUACAGCGGUAGCCUUACAGGUAAAUGUCCCUCAACCUUGCAUCUGUCCAACAUUAGUAAUAUUUUCGGGACUAUUCUAUUUGGUGACUGAAUGCAGCAAACAUGUGGCCAGGAUUGCUACAGUAGAGCCAAAGCUAAUGACUAUAAUUCACAAACCAUCUAAGUGACCAGUGUUGUCUGACAGAGGCCAAAGCACAUUCCUUUCGUACUGUCAACUGUAUACAGCUGUAAUGGCGGGUUUGAAGUUAAAGGGACAGUGACAGCGUUGAGUUUUUUUUUUUUCCUUAGUUUUUUUAUUUAAUUCAUGCAGCCGGUUUGGAGAGUUAAAGAUUUCUGUUUCUUCUUAACUGUAAUAAGCAAUGUUACAAUGCUAGUCUGAGUGGUAAGCAUGUCAGGGUUUAAACACACUUCCUAAUUCUCAGUGUAUAACUCAAGCAGCCAACCAAAGGAGUGUAGGAUCUUUUAGAGCUUUGCUAAGGAUAUACUUAACAGCAGUGACAACAGUGUGUUAUUCCCCUGAUAGCAUCAAUUUUACUUAUGUAUGGGGGAUUUGUCCUAUAUGUAGACACAGAGGAAGAUUUUUUUUUCAAAUCAACCUUGGCUGAGUUCAGUGGUUGGUUGAUUCAUACAGAGAGUUGGAGGUUGAGCAGUUAAACUAUGAGUAGACCUGCCAUUUAUCUACAAAGUCUCAUCAAAGUUACAUUAAUUUCUGAUUGUUUCUGUUGCUCUGAGUUUGUUGACUUUGAGUUAUAUAUUGCAUAACAAAUGUUAAAUCAUUAUAGGCAUUUCCUUAUAGGAUUGUAAUGGACAUUUUUGUUUGUUGUUAGAUUUUCCUUUGUUAAUAGUCACUACCUGUGUCUAUUGCAACGUGUUUUUUGAGUCUAUUAACAGUUUGAUUACCCUCAUGCGUGAAGUUACAUUUAUCUUUUAUGCUCCAGUCAUGGCUUCCAGUCGUGUUUUCAUGAUAUAUCUGCCUUGAUCAUAAUAGAGCGGUAACAGAUUAUUUUAAAACAAUUCUAGACUGCCUGAAUGCAAAUGCACAUGCAAACUACCUAUUCACCAUGGCUGGAAUAAACAGGACGACCUGAUCACUAACCUACUGUGACUUACUGUUGAUAACUUGAUAUUUGUUGCACUUGACUCCGCAGUGCCUUGUAAGUCAUUGUCUACAUUCAUUUACAGUAUUAGUGUCAUGCUCUGACCUUCAAGCUGUACAGAACCACAUCUGUAGACUAGUUCUGGGCUACACUGCACUGUGCCAGUGUGGUCUCAAGAAAAGUAAUUUCUGUGACAGAAAUGUCUGACAUAAACCAUAUCCUUAAAGAGUUAGGACAACGGGUCACUAUUCACAAUCCAACAGAUGAUGACAUACCAUAACCUUUCUUUUCUAAAAUCUCUGUACAUUUAUACAGUAUGUUGAUGAUACUAUAAUUUAUAAGUAUUAAUUUAUAAGUACUUCGACAAUAGUCCAGGUUAUUAGGUCAGUGAUAAAUUGGGAUUGUACAGUGUUUACUCAUGUUUGAAGCCUCUUUGUGCCUACUGCUUUUUUUUUCCUAUUUAUGAUUUUUAGAAUAUUUACAAGCUUUAGUUCAAUUAAUUUUCAGUUUCAUUAACAGUUAUUUAGCUCUUUUGAAAUGCAUUUUUUUCAUAUGAAUGGCUUUAAUACAUGAUUCAAAUAGAAUAAUUCUUUGUAAAUAUUUUGCAGCUUUAAUUUUCUUUUUUGUCCAUGUUGAACAUGAAUUGACUGAAGCCUUGAGGUAACAGAUAAUCACCUACACAAUGGUGAGGACAAGCCAAAAAUCAACACACCAAUAAGACGUAUGCACGACAGGCUGCCUUACAGAGAACAGUGUUGCUGAAAUGGUGUAUCUUAUGAGGUUCACUACUGAAUAAAAGAUGUGGCUUUAAUGCAAUGGUGAA